AUAAAGCAAAAGCAAGCUCAUCAUUCACUCAAUCUUAAUCAGUUUCCUUAUUUUCUUCCGCCAGAAUUCUAUCAUCUCUUCCCUUUCUUUCUAUCUGUCUUCAUCAUCGUUUUUUUGGUAAUAUAUCUUCAUCAUCGCUGUGCACAAAAAGGAUACUGGUUUAAGGACUUGUAAGUUCGGGUGGAAAUGGCAAAGAGUUCAUUCAAGCAAGAACAUGAUUUUGAGAAGAGGCGUGCUGAGGCUGCCAGGAUUAGGGAGAAAUAUCCAGAUAGAAUACCGGUUAUUGUGGAAAAGGCAGAGAAAAGUGAUAUUCCCGGCAUCGAUAAGAAAAAGUACCUAGUUCCGGCUGACUUGACUGUAGGGCAGUUUGUCUAUGUAAUCCGCAAAAGGAUCAAGCUGAGUGCAGAGAAAGCGAUUUUUAUUUUUGUCGACAAUGUCCUGCCACCAACAGGGGGAAUUAUGUCAGCCAUAUAUGAUGAGAAGAAGGAUGAAGAUGGCUUCCUUUAUGUUACUUACAGUGGAGAGAAUACAUUUGGAAGCAAGAUCCUGCUUUAGCCACCAACAGACGUUCUCUCAUAAUUUCUUAAACCAUUCGCCAUCUUGCUCCCACUAUAAUACUGUGGCAAUCACUUGAUUAUCGUGCCCAUCGUUCGUUAAAGAUGCAGUAACCAUGCAUCAGUGUAUAGCUUUCUCUGUACAGUUCUUGAAUGCUUCCAACAGCAUCCCUGCCUGCUGGAACAUAACUUGAAAUCUUCAAUAAUUAUUUGGAUCACUUACUCAAUUUGACUGUGUGAGGAACUGGGAUGUAUUAUCAAGCUUAUAGUCCUGAUUUUAUCCUUAUA